AUGCCGGGAAUCAACGAGCAUGUCGUCUCUCGCGCCUCUAAUUCAACCCGAACGGGUAUUCCAGCCGUCUGGAUGAGGGCGGGUACUUGGAAAGGACUUUUUAUUCAUGAGCAUGGCCUCCCUUCAUCCAGAGACCUUUGGGCACCAAUUCUACACUCUGCUCUAGGUUCGGCGGAAACCGACAAGAGGCAACUCAGUAGAGUCGGAGGCGCGACAUCAACCACUUCUAAGGUGGCAAUAAUUCGCAAGUCUGCAAUACCCGGGGUGGGCGUCGACUAUACCUUUAUUCAGAUUGCCCCGGAUCAAGCCCAAGUUGACACGACAGGGAAGUGUGGAAACACGGCGUCCGGGUGGACACCACAGUGUUUAACACCCAACACUCAGCAAAUCCUGGUAGAGACCGUUCACGUCAUCUCGGACGGUAAGUUUUCCGAGGACGGCGACUACAGCAUAGCAGGGUUAGAGGCACCCCUAAAGUCGCCCUUUUGUAUCCAGGUCGACGCGAGCCUGGGUCAACCUCAUCCCAGCCUUCAGUUGACGGGGGCUGUCUGCCUUGGCACUGUGCUAAGCAUCCCAGGAACGGUGGCACGGGAUCUUCGGCGCCAAGAAGACGCAAAUGAUGAGCACAAUGUCUCUCCAAAAUGGCAAGUCAUGGCGAUGAAUCCAACGAUGAAAACAGUCAAGUGGUCGCUCAAACACCCCAGCGGACUGAUGGACGUGGAGGCGAAGUCGGAAACGCACGAGAACGGGGAGACAUCCGUGGAGAGCGUCAGCGUAUUUCCCACUGCACGACGACUGUUUGAGAGAAAGUUUUCAUCGCCUAUAAUCACAGGUCGUGGUUCUGAUUGGAUGAUUUUAAGAUAA